GAGCCUGCCCUUCUUUUUUAAGAGCAUAAAGAUAUCAAUUCAUUUUUGUUCUAUUAAUUACUUUCUCCCUCUUUCUCCGAGCCAAAUCGAUCUCCGUCUCGCGCAUUUCCCCAGAGCCCAUUUCCCAGAUUGAGCAAUCUAAGGCAAACUCAAUCUCUCGACAUGGAAAAGAAUGAUGGCUCUUGCUCAACCCAACUUAUUGAUGGGGAUGGUGAAUUCAAUGUCACUGGAAUUGACAAAUUUAUCACGGAGGUGAGAUUAGGUGAAUGUGGACUAUCAUAUGCCGUAGUCUCAAUCAUGGGCCCACAAAGCAGCGGGAAGAGCACUCUACUAAAUCAUUUAUUUGGUACCAACUUCAGGGAGAUGGAUGCCUUUAGAGGAAGGUCCCAAACAACUAAAGGUAUUUGGUUGGCAAGAUGUGCUGGUAUUGAGCCUUGCACUCUUGUUAUGGAUUUGGAGGGUACAGAUGGAAGAGAACGUGGAGAGGAUGAUACUGCAUUUGAGAAACAGAGUGCCCUUUUUGCUCUUGCUGUUUCAGAUAUUGUGCUUAUAAACAUGUGGUGUCAUGAUAUUGGUCGUGAGCAAGCUGCAAAUAAGCCUCUUUUGAAGACUGUAUUCCAGGUCAUGAUGCGAUUGUUCAGUCCACGUAAAACAACUUUAAUGUUUGUAAUACGGGAUAAAACAAGGACACCGCUGGAAAAUUUAGAACCUGUUCUAAGAGAAGAUGUUCAGAAGAUAUGGGACUCUGUUCCAAAGCCUCACGUGCACAAGGAAACUCGACUAAGUGAAUUUUUUAAUGUUGAAGUUGUUGCUCUUUCUAGUUAUGAAGAAAAAGAAGAGCAAUUUAAAGAGCAGGUUGCUAGCUUAAGGCAACGAUUUUUUCAUUCCAUUACUCCUGGUGGGCUUGCGGGAGAUCGAAGGGGUGUAGUUCCUGCUUCUGGGUUUUCUUUUAGUGCACAACAAAUUUGGAAAGUUAUUAAGGAGAACAAGGACCUUGACCUUCCUGCUCACAAGGUUAUGGUGGCUACUGUACGCUGUGAAGAAAUCGCUCAUGAAAAAUAUUCCGCUUUUACUGCAAAUGAGGACUGGUGUCACUUGGAAGAGGCUGUGCAGUCUGGUCCUGUUCCUGGCUUUGGGAAAAAGCUCACUUCAAUUUUUUAUGCUUUUCUGUCAGAGUAUGAUGCGGAAGCUACAUAUUUUGAUGAAGGUGUCAGAUCUGCGAAGCGGAAGCAGCUUGAAGAAAAAUUGCUGCAGCUUAUCCAACCAGCAUUCCAAUCUGUGCUGGGACACGUAAGGUUGGGAACUUUAGAAAAAUUCAAGGAAGUAUUUGAUAAAGCUCUGAAUGGUGGUGAAGGGUUUUCUUUGGCCUCUCGUAACUGCACACAGUUGUGUAUGGCUCUAUUUGAUGAAGGUUGUGCAGAUGCUGUUAUUGAACAAGCAAACUGGGACACAUCCAAAGUCAGGGAUAAACUUCGACGUGAUAUAGAUAUGCAUAUUGCUUCUGUCCGUGCUGCCAAGCUUUCUGAAAUUACUACGCACUACGAGGCAAAACUGAAAGAGGCUUUAUCAGGACCUGUGGAAGCUCUGUUAGAUGGAGCUAGUAGUGAGACCUGGCCGGCAAUAAGGAAACUUCUUAGGCGUGAGACUGAAGCUGCUGUCUCUGGGCUCUCUGGUGCACUUUCUGGUUUUGACAUGGAUGAACAAACCAAGGGUAGCAUGCUUCAAAAUAUGGAGAACUAUGCAAGAGGGGUGGUUGAAGCAAAAUCAAGAGAAGAAGCAGGAAGGGUCCUGAUCCGUAUGAAGGACAGGUUUUCAACAUUGUUUAGUCAUGAUUCUGAUUCAAUUCCACGGGUUUGGACUGGGAACGAAGACAUCAGAGCAAUCACCAAAACUGCUCGCUCUGCAUCCUUAAAGUUGCUGUCUGUUAUGGUUGUCACCCGAUUGAACGAUGAUGAUAAUGAUAGUAUUGAGAACACACUAUCUGUUGCUUUGGUGGAUUCUGCAAAUGCUGCUGUUAAAGAUAGGAGCAUCACAACAUUUGAUCCACUGGCCUCAAGCACUUGGGAAGAGGUUCCACCCUCAAGAACAUUGAUUACGCCUGUCCAGUGCAAAUCUUUGUGGAGGCAAUUUAAGGCAGAGACUGAAUAUAGUGUGUCUCAGGCCAUUGCUGCACAGGAAGCCAACAAGCGUAAUAACAACUGGUUGCCACCACCAUGGGCAAUUGUUGCUUUGAUGGUCUUGGGAUUCAAUGAGUUUAUGACGCUCCUGAGAAAUCCUUUGUAUUUGGGUGUUAUCUUUGUUGCUUUUCUACUCAUGAAGGCCUUAUGGGUGCAGCUGGACAUUUCCGGUGAAUUUCGUCAUGGUGCUCUACCUGGUCUUAUCUCCCUGUCUUCCAAGUUCCUUCCUACUGUCAUGAAUCUUCUUAAAAGGUUAGCAGAGGAGGGGCAAAUACCUGCAGCUAAUGAUCCGCAAAGAAACCAUUCCCACGAAUCAAAGAGCUUUAGGAAUGGAGUGAGUUCCAGUAGUGAUACGUCAUCUAGUACUGCUUCAUCAGAAGUUACUUCAUCCGAAAGCUCCAGUCCCUCAAAAGCUGAUUAAAGGAACUAACCCAUCUGAUUAAAAGAGAUUGAAACUCGCUUCCAUUUGAAAAUACUAGUGUUCUACUCGCUCAUUGGUGGGUUUGCAUCCUGUAUGGUCCACGAAGUUCAAAUCUUGUGAGCAUGCAAGAGGAACAGGUAUUGAAGGCAUUGAUUUUUGUCAAAGUGCCACGUGUAUGGGGACUGCAGGUUGUCUUUGAGGAUGCCCCAUUAUAGGUUUUACCUUUUCAGUAAGGUGCUUUAAUUUUUUUUUUAUUUUUUUUUUUGGGUAAGCAACAACAGGUCUCUUCUUUGCCCCAUGCAUGCAGAUGGUGGUGGUUCGUGUUUGUAUUCAAUUUUGUUUUGUGAGCUGUAAUGUUGUGUGGUUGUAAUAUAGUGAGAUUUGUUAAUGUGCCAUGUUCUAUUAUUCUUCCGUUAGAAACCGGUGGACAAGGUAUGCAAGAAAGAUCGAUCUCUGAGAAA